CGCGUACUACGAGACGUAGUAGAAUCAACGAGUGAGUCAGCUGAUCGUUUAUUCACGUAAGUGAGAUCAGCUGUUACCGGCCAUGGACUUGACGAACGAAGAUCUUACGAUUCCACCGGUUAAAUACGAAUAUCUUGAUCAUACGGCCGACGUACAAUUACAUGCCUGGGGAGAAAGUUUGGAGGAAGCAUUCGAACAAUGUGCAAUAGCAAUGUACGGAUAUAUGACCGAUUUACGUCGUGUCGAGAUAACAGAUAUUCAUCAUGUCGAAGUUGAAGGACACGAUAUACAAAGUCUAUUGUUUCAAUUUUUAAACGAAUUAUUGUUCGUCUUCAGUGCUGAGUCAUAUCUUGUCGCUAAGAAGGUCAAAAUCAACGAAUUUGAUCGUGAAAACUUCAAAAUCAAAGCGACCAUAUAUGGCGAAGAAUUCAACAUACGUAAACAUACUCAAGAAGCCGAAGUAAAGGCAAUUACUUAUUCAGCUAUGCAGAUUUUAGAUCAACCCGACGUCGAACGUCCUGAGGUUUUCGUCAUCGUUGACAUAUAAUAGCAAUAACAAUAACAAUAAUAAUAAUAAUCGACGGAAAUGAAGAGAAUUAUGCAAUUUGGAAACAUUUGUCCAUUCCAUUGUUUCUAUUAAUUGCAUCAUCUUUCUCUUUCUUUCUCUCUCUAUAUAUAUAUAUAUAUAUAUAUAUAUAUAUGUCUGUUUGUCUCUCUUUCUUAUACAAUAACAAUGGAUCAUUUAAAACUAUCGAGACAAUCGUAACAUUUUUAAAAGAAAUUGAUCAAAAAGUCUAUGAUAAAAUAACAUAGAAAUUAGCUCGCUUUACAUCAAAUGCACAAUACGUUUAAGAAUUACAAAGAAAAAAAAAAGAAAAGAAAGAAAAAGAAACAUGGCGAAGAUGACACGGUUGACGAAGGAGGGGCUAAACCCAAGAAAGGGAAGCGUCCUACAUAGGGUAUAAUUCUUUUCGUAGGGUUCGAAUAAAUACGUUAGAAAGAAAACACCGGGCUCCCCUUCUUAUAGAGACGAGUUAAGGCUCGUAAGAAGAGUUUAUGGUGCCCCUUACUUUAGACACUUUAAUUUUUCAUAUAAUUUCGUCCGAACGAAGAUCAUAUAACUGUUAACGAUCUAACGUCUAUAAUGAUUUAAUAACGAAUGAAUGAACAAACGAAUGCACUUAAUUUUUUUAUUUCAUUAUAAAAGACUUUUUAUUGUUGCAUUGCAAGAUCGAUAUUAUGUUGUUAUAUACAGUCUUAUUAUAUAAAUAAAAAACAAACGAUUUCUUGUUUA